AUGGACGGUGGCAUGCCUGUACCGCACAAAAGUAGCUCGAGAAGAGAGAAGGAAGGUAGUAAAGGUGAGAUAUGGUGGUCCAAUGGUAUAUUCUUCAUCACUAUGCAUAUCUUUGCAGUUAUAGGAGCUAUAUACCUCUCACCGAUCGCUUCGAUUGACUCUAAGACUGCCGUGUUGUGCUUCAUCUCAUGGCAAUUAGCUUCGUUCGGUAUCACAAUAGGAUAUCAUCGAUUGUGGUCACAUCGAGCAUUCACUGCGACCCCCGUAUUGAGAGUAGUAUUAGCUUGGAUGGGAUCAAUGGGGUUUCAAGGUAGUAUAAAGUGGUGGGUUCUGAGGCAUAGGCUACAUCAUCGGUUUACCGAUUCACCUUCACAUGACCCAUACUCAGCUUCCAAAGGGUUAUGGUUCUCCCACUGCGGUUGGAUAUUCCGCAAACCUUCUUAUCCAAGGAUGAAAUUGAUCGAAAGGGGUGAUUUGGAGUCUGAUCCGGUCGUUCGAUUACAACACAAGUACUACGUCUUCAUCGCUCUGUUUUCAGGAUUGAUCUUACCUUCCUUGAUCGCCGGUCUGGGAUGGAACGAUUGGAUGGGAGGAUUGGUCUGGGGUGGUGCCAUAGCCAGGUUGUUAAUAUGGCAUACUACAUUCUGUAUCAACUCGCUGGCUCAUUGGACUGGGUUACAACCGUAUACGGAGGAAGUCACAGCGAGGGGAAACUAUCUUCUCGCUGUCUUGACUUCGGGAGAAGGCAAUCAUAACUUCCAUCACGCAUUUCCAAAAGACUUCCGCAACGGACCUCAUCCAGCUGACUGGGACCCAUCAAAGUGGUUCAUCUGGGUACUACACAAACUCACACCUCUUGUUCCAUCUAUCGCCCUCACCCCGGAAGCUGCAGUCAGGAAGGCUCGUGCCAGAGUGUACAUGGCUCAAGCGACACGUCUGACGGAUGCUUUGCCACCACAUGAGAAAGCCAAAUCCAAAGAGGAGCUUCCAGUGUGGUCAAGAGAGACGGUCAGGAGUAGGCACGGAGAGUAUGUCAAAGAGGAACAUGGGGUAAGGAGAAGGGUAUUGGUAUUGUUAGAAGGAUGCGUAGUUGAUGUGGGUGGAUACUUGGAUGAUCAUCCUGGAGGUCAAGACCUGCUGCUGAGCCACUGUGUUUUCCCUCUUCCCAUAGAGGACGAUUCGAGGGAUAUUGAUUCUGGAUAUGCUUCUUCUGAAAUGGCUUCUCCCCCUCCCAAAUCAUCCAUCCAACUUCCUGACGUGAUCAACGAAAGUUCUUUGAUAGGUGACGAUGAUAUCAUACUGAAAGACGCUACUAGGGCUUUCUUCGGUGGGAUGAACAAUCACAGUGGUGCAGCGAAAGAAUGGAUGAGAUGUUUGAGGGUGGCUAAAUUAGCCAAGUGA